UAUGUCAAACCGGAGGAUGUGAUACCAGUCCCGAGUCUGAACCCAAAGUUUCUUGGAUUACUAGUGUCGGGCUUAACGGCAACCAUUGGAUUGGAUGAGUUGGGUCGCAUUCAAAAAGGGGAUAAAGUGUUGAUCACAGCCUCCGCGGGAGGAACGGGUCAUAUAGGCGUCCAAUGGGCUAAACGAAAGGGCGCUUAUGUUAUUGGGUUGACAUCAUCGCCAGAAAAGGCCAAACUCUUGACAGAGUUGGGAACCGAUCGAGUGAUCACUUAUAAGACCGAGAACUUGGAUGAAGUGCUCACUAAAGAGUUUCCGCAUGGCGUGGACGUGAUUUGGGAGACAAUUGGUGGACAGGUAUACGAAACUCUGUUCAAUCAUUUGGCACCGAAGGGUAGACUAUUAAUUAUAGGCUCUAUUAGUGGACAGUUAACAUGGCCUACCAUUGACAACCUUAACAUGAAACUUUUAAGCGGCUCUAGGACAUUAUCAGGGUUUAAUAUAUCGGAUCACAAGGCUUUAUUUGGCAAACAUGUGCAGCAAUUGAUUGGAGACGUUGUGAAUAACAAACUGCGAGUUGUGUUAGAUUUGGGACAAAACACGAGUGAAGGGGAGUUCGUGGGCAUAGAGUCUGUGGUCAGUGGAGUUGAGGUACAGUAUAUGAUGUGCAAGUUCGCGAGUCAAGCGAUGAACCUGACAGUCAGUGCCGUCUUUAUAGGCGUAUACGAGGACCGCCUCAUCGAUGGACAGCCGGUGUUUGUGCUCCCAAUUAAUGGCACCCAUGUAUGCGACCGCUUGCAGGGGAUCGUUGUAUGUGUCGGCCAGUGA